CCUAUAAUUUAAUUUCCAGUCGAAUUGAAUAAUAUAAAUUUCACGCAUCAAAUUGAACUUCAUAAUGGAAAAAUCACUAUCCAUAAUCUUUGUGAGCUUUAUAUUUUCAACGAGUGUCUCACUCGGUGAAGACGCGUGCAGUCACUACGAAGAUAAGGAUUGCGUUCAUCCAAAUAUACUUAAAAAUGGUCACUUCAUUAACCAAUGGACAGUUUAUUUACCUGGAAUGACCAAGAGCGAAGCUAAACAACUAUUAGAAGAAAAUGGCUUUGACUAUUUAGGACAGAUAAUGGAUGGGGUUGAUUUACAUCUUGUGACAAAAAAAGGUACACAAGAAAAACAUGCCUUGCCCAACGAAAGAAUCAUAGAAUUACUUAAGAAACACGAAAAAGUGCAUUCGGUCGCACAAAAGCACGUACUUGAUAACUCGCAAGAACAGGUGAUAAACAUAAUCAACGAGGAUAGAGUCCAUUUCGAAUCUUUGGAUCCCAAUACGAUCAUAUUGAACGACAGUUUGGAUAACUUGGAAAGAAUAACUGCUUUCGAGGCUGCAGAAGCCGAAGCAGAAGCCGCUGCAGUAGCGUCUGUUAGUGCAAUAAAGUCUGCAGCUGAUGGCGGAAAUCGCAAAAAGAAACAACGCGGAAAAAACCACGCCAUUGUUACGGAUCCUGAGGGUUCAAUGGAAAUCGAUUUGUCAAAAGAAAAUUUGUUGAUAGCGAAUCUGUCAACAGAGAGAUUAGCGGACGAGGAGCCAUCAAUUGAAGAGGUUUCGGACAAAGAUGCCAUCAACGAGGACGCCUUGGACGAGGAUGACUUGGACGAGGAUGCUUUGGACGAAGAGCCGUCGGUGGAAGAGGAGCCGUCAGUGGAAGACGAGCCAUUGGUGGAAGAGGAGCCGUCGGUGGAAGAGGAGUCGUCGGCGGAAGAAGAGUCGUUGGAUGAAACAAAAAAAAGAAGCCAACGGAUAAGACACUACGAGGCCUACAGCUUGCAGUAAAGCUAAAGCAAAAGCUAUUAUAAUUAAUUAAAAAUUGUAUUAUAUUAAUUAUACUUAUGAUUUUUAAUAAAUAUGGAUUUUAAAUGUUGAUUA